UUGUAGGAAGUUCCUGGGAUGUUGUUUUGGCGUUUCUCAGAGCACGUGGAGGCAUACUGUAGCUUUCCAUGCUCGUCUGUGGAGUGUCAUUAGCGCAUCGGGUUGAGAGAUGUCAGCGGGAGGCCAGGCCACCAGGAGCCGGGAUAUCCCAGCCGUUAGGCGGGUCGCUAUCCACGACGCUGCGCAUUUGCCCAACGACUACUCCACGACCCCGGGAGGAACUCUGUUCAGCACCACGCCUGGAGGUACCAGAAUCAUCUACGACAGGAAGUUCCUCCUGCAGUGUCGGACAUCUCCCCUGACUCGCACGCCUCCCAACCUGCCUGACAUCCCAGGCGUCACCCGGCCACUCAAGCCCGAUGCCUCCAGCGAUACAAACCAGCCCGAUCAGUCGCUCAGCAACAAUACGGAGCACAGCGUGCAUGCAGAGGAGAGUGCAGGUGAAGAUGCCCAGUUUGAGAUGGACAUCUAAAGCGGGUCAGCUUUAAGGAUUAAAGCAACAUAGUUUAUAGUUUUUGUUUACCGGUAUUAAAAAAGCAUCUUUUAAAAUGAUGAGCCUUUUUUGUGUGUAAUCUGUGUUCAGAAUUGCUCUGAAAACCUUUUGUAAUGCCUCUCCUGUUCAAGUGUGCAUGAACAGUUUCUUCUUUUCUUUGUAUGAUCUGUGAAAUAUUUGACAAGUAGGUCAAGGUUUUGUUACAAUUAAAUAAUUAAAAUUGUAUGUAAUUUCACUCAUUUCUCAACUUUGAUGACUUGUCUUUAAUUUGUUUUUACCAAUAAAAAAAGAGAGAGACCGA